AUGUGCAUUUCUGAUCUCUUCACGCUCUUACCACCAUUGUUGCGGUUGCCACACACACUCUGCAACUUGCAUCACAAACCUUCCUUUGCGUUUCUACUCUGCAUAGAAGGAAGGGGUUUGAAAGCAACCACAACCACUAAGUCAGCACCAAAAUCUGUCUCCGCCGUGAAGAAAAUGAGCACUGCACCUAGCACCACAAAAGGUGUUGUUGCAGAGCCAAGCCAGUCAGAGAGUAUCGCUGCGAGUUUGAAUGGCUAUGUUGAAGCUUUUCGACCCACAACACCCGGCCAUAGUCCUGGCGUUGGUCAUUCUAUCAACAACUAA